CGGUAAUUGAAUAUUGUCAUUCGGCAGUACUAAGCGAGUUUCAACCAAGGACAGGUUACCUCUGCCGCCAUCGUUAUUAAUUUUGUUCGAUAAUUACUGCCAUAAUGGAUUGGUCAACGGGAUUGAUGUUGAGGAAACCGUGCGGCGAACUUGAGUGCUCCCAAUACCAAUUCUGCCAGCACCAUGAUCUCCAAUGCUACCCAUGUGAAACUUACUGUGAAAAGACAUUACACAACUUCGACAUCAAUAUAUGCGAACAACAAUGCCAAGAUUACAUCCAUGAUUACAUUUUUCAUUAUGUAAAAGAUAGCGAAAUCAAAAGUGCACUUCAAGGUAUGGAAAUCCUGAAAUCGAUGAUAAUUUAUACGAUGCUGGUGAUGAUUAUUCUGAUCGUAACAACGUGUUUCUCGUGGGCGCUUUUGUGGAGCUACAAGAAGAAGAUACGGAGCAUUGAAAACGGGGACAUAGAUCCGUACUCAAAAAAAAAAACGUAUUCAAUAAAGUUCAAAGACAACGAGGUCAGUAUAAUAAGCGAAACAACGGACACGCCUUUGACUGACACAACGAUAGCAGCUCAGACAACGACAAGCUCAUCGUUCAAUCACCAGACUUGCCACACACCUGCAUCGUUACCGAACAAGCUGCCCUGCGAAGAUUUCACGCUUGAAACCAAGGAUUUUACUGGUUACGACAACUUGGGAAUGUGGAAAGUGUCCCCCGUGUUAACUACCAAAAUUUAACUGGCGUUAUCAAUGGCAGAUAAAGAUCAAUCACCGUCUUCGGAAAAUGAUCAACGCAUUAGGCUCCGAGAAUUCAUUGAUGCAGAAGCGGAUGAAUAGAUAGGUAUGUUACCGAAUGGGAAAAACAGAAAGUCGAUACUAAGAGAUGAAAUUACAACAAAAGGAAAUACUUUGACACCACAAAAUAAAACCAACAA